CCUGGGCCAAUGCGGAGGCGCGAGUAAGCGCCGAACCCCGCGAGCAGGUCAGAGCUCGCCGCCAAUCUGCGGCCAUCACGGCGCAUCACAUCCACGGCUUGCCCGCAGCUCCAUGCCACUAGCCGCCAAUGAACGUGCAUCCUGGCAGCGGCAGGAGUUGCUGCACUGGCCGUCACAAUCACCGUCACACCUCCCUCAGAGACAACCCGCUUUCGCUGCUUCUGAGAGGCCCUCGAAGCGCCCGGGCUACUGCUCCUCACUGAGCUCGUUGGAUCUUCCUCACCCCAUCCAAGAGGCAGGCAUGUCUGCCAAUCCGGGACGGAGCGGUGCCUCCCCUCCUCGGCCCUCUGCUUUAUCAAUCCACCAUGGCACCGAUCCUGCCGUUUAACCGACGAUCUAUCUGGGUUGGGACCGGUUCACCUUCACAUUUCUACCCUCGCUUUCCCCAUCGUGUCAUUCCCGGUUGUGCUCCCUCUCUGCCUCUUGCUGCACGGUGCUCUCGGCGC